AUGCCAUCCAAUCCCCGACCCCCACUGCCCUCCAUUCCAUCUGACUCGAAAAUAAUGUGGCCGCUGAUCAGCGCCGACCUCGACGAAUUUCACCCGGCCCCCAAGACGAAUCGAUUCGGGAAGAAGCUGCUGAAAGUCGCGCUGACUGGGGGACCAUGUGCAGGUAAAUCGACGGCUAUGGAAGAGCUAUGCGAACGCAUCGAUGAAGAAUUCGGCAACGAGUGGCAGGUCUUCAAAGCCGCCGAAGCCUCCAGUCUACUUUAUUCGGGCGGAGUGGCGCGUAGUCAACUGAAUGACAUCCAACUGGAGCAAUGGCAACUCGAUAUGCUGUCCAUGAUCAUCCGAAUUGAAGCCGUUUUCGAGAAAAUUGCCGAGAAUGAGCCCACGAAACACACGCUGAUUCUGUGUGAUCGCGGAGCCCUCGACCCGAAAGUAUUCACCCCGGAGCCAAUGUGGACCAACAUACUCAAAAAACUGCAAACCGACGAGGAAACGCUGUAUUCUCGCUACGAUCAGGUCAUUCAGCUUCAAACGGCACCGAGGUGCAACUACACAAAUAAGAACAAAUUCCGCCGGGAGGACUAUGAGCACGCAGCGAAGAUCAACAAGGAAUUCACCAGGGUAUGGCGCGAUCAUCCGAAUUUUGUGAAUAUUCUGGACAACAGGGAUGAUUCGUGGGAAGAAAAGAUGGCCGAGACAUGGCUUACGUUGAAAUCGACCCUGGAAAAGACGUCCGCCGAG